AUGUCCUCCCCGAUCCGUAAAGUGGCAGUCAUUGGCGCAACUGGCCAAAUGGGGUCCGAAAUAGUCAAGGCCCUCCUUCAGUCCGGAAUGUCCGUGACGGCCAUCCAGCGGGCCGGGUCCGACAAGGUGGCUCACCAGGGAGCCACGUCCGUCAAGCUCGACACGGAUGACGUCAACGAUCUCGCCUCCGCGUUCAAAGGGCACGACGCCGUCAUCUCGGCGGCGCCGGACCCCAUCGUCCUCGCGGAGCAGAAGCCCUGGAUCGACGCCGCGCUCGCCGCCGGGGUGAGGCGCAUCAUCCCCUCCGAGUACAGCACCAACCUUGAGUCGCCCUUCGCCGAGGGCCUCCCCAUCGUCGCCGACAAGGUGCGGACGCGGCGCUACCUCGCCGAGCGCAUAGCCGAGGCCGGCGGCACGUCGAGCUGGACGAGCGUCAACAACGGCCCCUUCCUCGAGAUGGUCCUGUCCUUCGGCGGGCUGGGCCCGGACUUCCGGACCGGGACGGCCAGGCUCCACGACGGCGGCGACAACCCGAUCGGGGCGACGAGGCCGUCGGACGUCGCCGCCACGAUCGCCAAGAUCCUGCGCGACGAGAACGGGCUGUACCGAGAGGCGGAGAACAAGUCCGUGUACAUCCACUCGGCGGCCGUCAGCGAGAGGCAGUUGACCAGGCUGGGCGAGAAGGUCACGGGCCGGACCUUUGCGGUUGAGAACCACGACGUGGAGGCGCUCUACCAGGACGCAAAGGCCAGGCUCGAGAGGGGCGAUUCGUCCGCCAUGAUGCAGUUCUACUACCAGAUGAUGUACGGCAAGGGGUACGGAGGCAGCGAGAGCUUCCGGGAGAUGAGCUGGAACGACAAGGUCGGGCUCGAGACCAUGAGCGAGAAGGAGCUGGAGCUCGUGAUCCGCGAGGUCGCCCAGAAGACGGGAAUGACGAAGUAA